AUGCUUGACGUUGCACGUAAACAAAAAAAAAUGCGUACGCUAAACCUUCAGAACCCCAUCUUCAAACUUUUUCAGCCAACCGUAUGCCAACUUUUUGACUACCGCCUCACCAAAGUCCAACAACAUGGGCUCAUAUCGCGACCAUGCGGUGAGCGCGACCCCCACCCCAGGGUUCAGUCACCAAGGCAGAUGAGGGGUAAAACAAAAAGGCAAAGAUAA